CGUGUCGGUGUCACAACCGGCUGGAAUGAGGCGUGCACUCACUCGUCGAAAGAAGGGCCGCAUUUCCUUGAUUGUGAAAGUUUUGCUGUAGCAGGCUCCACCUCUAUGGGAAGCAAUUAUAAACUAUGGGUAAUUUGAUUGGUCCUAGCGCUAGUCAAUCUACACUGCUUACACAUAAUACCGGUGGAUACGGAGGACGGCUCAACUAAGAAAAUGAUAAGGUCAUUCGAAUUACUGUGGCGAGCGAGUUUAUUGCUACAAUGAAACUGAAAAAAAUUGUGCUGACGAUAGGAAUGAACGGAUGAUUUCUAUAGAGGCAAAGUCGAACCAAGUGGGCAGGCAAAUUUGAUAUAAAUACGCCGGAGGGGGGGGGGGGGCAAUGCGCUGUUAUCUGAGACCCUUGUGUCUGUCAAUGUGCAAGUAAACGCCAGAGCGGUGGAAGGUUUUGCUAAACCAAUCAAGGUGGAAUUGUACAAAACGAGUUCCACGUCCGGUGUAAUACGCACAUUACUGUGUUUGUGGGGGACGUGAAACAAGGAUGAUGCGCCUGGCCUGCUGCACCGUCCUCCUCUUCCUGCUCCGUCUCUUGGUGGGCCUGCCCUGGUUCCAGGUCCUCCCCUCCAUCCUCAUCUUCUACCUGGGCUCUGGAGGCUGGAAGUUCGUACUCAUUUUCGCCAAAACCAUCAGAAGAGAUUUACAUGCGGCAGGCGUCCUCCUCAAGGUGAAGUCAAACGUCAAUCGUCACCUGAAGGAACGAAACACCCUCCCUAAAAUCUUCGCCGAGACGGUGCGUCGCCAUGGGGACAAGACUGCGCUAAUUUUCGAGGGCACAGGCGAGAAGUGGUCCUUCCGGCAGCUGGAUGAGUACUCCAACCGUGUAGCCAACCUGCUGCUCCAGAGGGGCUUCGUGGAAGGGGAUGUGGUGGCUCUCUUCAUGGAGAACCGGUCCCAGUACGUGGGCCUCUGGCUGGGCAUGGCCAAGAUAGGAGUGGAGGCUGCUCUGAUCAACUUUAACCUGCGGCUGGAGGCCCUGGUGCACUGCGUCACCAUCUCAAACGCUAAGGCUGUGGUGUUCGGCAGCGAGCUGACCGAGGCUGUGUGUGAGGUCCACUGUUCCAUGGGGAAGACAGUACAGAUGCUGUGUUCAGGGGACUGGGACCCUAAACGUGUCCCUACAGGGACAGAGUGCCUGGAGCCUCUACUGGAUGCCGCUCCGACCCACCUGCCCAUCCGCCCAGACCGCUGCUUCACUGAUCGUCUGUUCUACAUCUACACAUCUGGGACCACCGGGAUGCCCAAAGCUGCCAUCGUGGUGCACAGCAGGUACUACCGCAUGGCAGCCUUGGUAUACUACGGCUUCGGUAUGACGUCUGCUGAUGUGUUGUACAAUUGCCUUCCACUCUACCACUCCGCAGGAAACAUUGUUGGCGUGGGGCAGUGCCUGAUCCACGGCAUGACGGUGGUCAUCAAGAAGAAGUUCUCUGCCUCCCGGUUCUGGGACGACUGUGCCAAGUAUAACUGCACGAUUGUCCAGUACAUCGGGGAGAUCUGCCGGUACCUGUUGAACCAGCCGGUAAAGGACAUAGAGGGUAAACACAAAGUCCGUAUGGCGCUCGGUAACGGCCUGCGCCAGUCCAUCUGGGAAGAGUUCACCUCUCGCUUCAACGUACCACAGAUAGCAGAGUUCUACGGAGCCACAGAGUGCAACUGUAGCCUGGGAAACUUUGACAACAUGACAGGAGCAUGUGGCUUCAACAGCCAGAUCCUCCCCUUCAUCUACCCCAUCAGACUGGUGAAGGUAGAUGAGGAGACCAUGGAGCUCAUCAGAGGCCCCGAUGGCGUCUGUAUCCCCUGUGGGCCUGGUGAGCCCGGCCAGUUGGUAGGCAGGAUCAAUCAGAAAGACCCCCUGAGAAGGUUUGACGGCUACGUGAACGAAGGAGCCAACAGCAAGAAGACUGCUAACAGUGUCUUCAAGAAGGGAGACACUGCCUAUCUCUCAGGCGACGUCCUAGUCAUGGACCAGUAUGGUUACAUGUACUUUAAGGAUCGUACAGGGGACACGUUCCGUUGGAAGGGAGAGAACGUGUCGACCACAGAGGUGGAGGGAACCCUGAGCCGUCUGCUGGACAUGAUGGACGUGGUAGUCUACGGAGUGGAGGUGCCAGGGGCUGAGGGGAAGGCUGGGAUGGCCGCUGUAGCAGAUCCAGAGAGAUCUACAGACCUGGAGAAGUUUGGGAAGGAUCUGGAGAAAGCUCUGCCACCCUACGCACGACCCGUCUUCCUACGCUUCCUCAAAGAGGUCAACAAGACAGGCACCUAUAAGUUCCAGAAGACAGACAUGCGGCGGGACGGUUUUGACCCCAGCAUGGUAUCAGACAAACUGUACCUCCUGGACCCCACCAGGGGGCGAUAUGUGGAGCUGCAUCAGGAGCUCUACAGCAGCAUCAUCUCAGGGAAGCAGAAACUGUAACUGUGAGAUCUGAUCACUCUUGCCACCCCCCCCAAAAAAAAGAAAUAUCACCCCAUCCACCCACACACACACACCCUAUUCCUGAAGUCACUCCCUCCCCCAGAGAAACUCUUAACUCUUACAACCCACCUCUCUGCUCUCUCUAAGCCCACACCCCUUGUUACUUCAGUGACCACAGUGAGGGGCAGCUGGCUCAUCCAGGUCACAUGACAAGCCAAUCUGACACCAUAUCCCACGAUAGACCUAGAGCAACCUUUGACCUCUAAAGGCACCUCCCCCCCCCCCAGAGCUUGACCUUGACCUGCCCUGGAGCUAUAGGAACGCUCGCUGGAAGGACACAGCUCGCUGGCUGAGAGCGGCGUGUGGCAUGUCCAGAAUGCAAAAACAUAGUAACUUACUCCAAAUGUAAGAGUCCUAGCUAUAGGAACUUGACACAGUGAAAGAACUUGAAUUGAUUGAAGGAAACAGUCCUGUUGGUCUGUCGGUUUGUCCGUCUCAUGUUGAGGUCAUUCCCUCAUAGGUCCAACCUGCACACUGCCCAGUCAGUGACCAGUGGCUUCUGUUGUGACACAAAAUGGCCGAUUUGGUUUUAGUGGUGACUCAGCACAUCCAUGUUAGACAUACAGUACAGCUAACCUGAAACUGACGGAUUUAAGUGCAAUAGGGCUCCAGCAGUGGCAGUGUACAGCUGUGAAGAAGCUCUCUAAUAUAUUUAAAUGUCUGCAUUAUACCAAAUAUAUUUAAUUUGUAGAAUAGUCUUUACACGUUUUAAAACAAAAGGAUGAUUGCAUGUUCAAGUUCCUGAUAAAAUGCCAAUUCAAAUUCUAAUCAUGUUUUACUAUAUCCACAAUUGUGCUCGGCUUUCUCCUGACCUCACCCACUAGGGGUGCUCCUCCUAGUCUUCAACUAUAGAAUCUACAGACCAACUCCCAGCUGCUGGAGCACCAAUAACUCUUACAGUUUCAAACCUGGUUCUGAAUGUUUUGAUUCAGAUUCUGAAUGUGUCAACAUUGUGCAGGUUGGGCCCAAUGGAUUGGCUUCGUCUUGUAUGGCACAGUAGACAUUUUAAAGCUUGCCGAAGAGCGUGCUGAAGUGAAAAGCACUAACCUCCUCUGUCUCUGAGGUGUUGUUGAGGAUAAUACUCGGGUGCUAGGGACAGAAGGAGACUCUGACUCUGGUGCAGCAAGCCAAAUGAUCUAAACCAGGCCUCUCCAACCCUGUUCCUGGAGAGUUACCGUCCUGUAGGGUUUCACUCCAACCAUAAUCUAGCACACCUGAUUCUAAUAAUUGAUAAGCUGAAUCAGGUCAGUUAAAACUGGGGUUGGAGGAACAGGGUUUGAGAGACCUGAUCUAAAGCUGGUCCUUGCUCGAAGGGGGAAGAGGAGAGGAUAAGAAAAUAUUCUUAUUUUCGUUAUUGUUUGUUCUUCUACUUUCUUGUUUCAUCUUCUCAGCAGCAUGAAUGAUCAACAGAGUACUGUGCUUUUACUGUGAGUUUACCCUCUUACCCUCAGAUUCACAGACCCUGUCCCCAUCACCCCCUACCCUAACCCUUCACUCCCUACAGUCCCAUCACCCCCUAACCCUUCACUCCCUACAGUCCCAUCACCCCCUAACCCUUCACUCCCUACAGUCCCAUCACCCCCUAACCCUUCACUCCCUACCCUAACCCUACAGUCCCAUCACCCCCUAUCCUAACCCUUCACCCCCUACUGUCCCAUAGCACCCUACUCCCUCACUCUCCUAUCGCUCCCUUGUCUGUCCUCUGUCCCUAUCAUCAGGUAUUAACCCACAUUUCCCAUUCACUUUUAUUCAGCACCCCAAUUCUGUUGUACCCUAACCAAUGAUCACUCCUGUUAGGCAUGUCUCCCAACCUCUCACCCAGUCUCCCAACCUCUCAUCCAGUCUCUCACCCAGUCCCUCAAACGCUCACCCUUCCCAGGCACCUCUGUUUGAUCCUUGCUUCUCUUGUUAUGGCUAGACAUUCCUCUCGGUCUGUCAUGAUAUUAUUCCCUCAGCUCCGAGGACAUGGCGUGUGAUUAACGACAGUCACCUCCCCAGCUCUCGUACCGUCGGCAGUACUCUACGUGAUGUGUCACCAUGUCCUCUCAAAACAAACAAAUUAUGAGCCGGUUUCGUCAACCAAAUAUCCUGUCUGUGUGAAAUCGAAGGUGGAGACCGAGGCACAAUGAUUCUCCUUGUCUUCUGUCUGGUGUGUCUCUUGUCGUGUUACACGUGCACACCUCGCUGAUGAGGAAGAGGAAGUGACAACAUAGUUCUCCAGCUCCACCCAUCAGUAUCAGUGUAUUUAUUACUAGUGAUGAUCGUUUCAUUUGUCAAAUGUUUGAGGAAUAAAAAUUUUUAAUUAAGGGGGGGGUGGAAAUGUUGCAAAGAAGAGUAUACAUUUUGGGGUUAUAUGAGAAUGCUGCUUUGACUCUUGUGAUCCUGGGGUGUCAAAUGAUAGUAUGACCACAAGGUGGCGCCUGACUGGGCAGCCCCAGAGGAGUCCAAAUGGGCAUUGGGCAAUAUUCUGAAGUGGCUUCCUUUCCUUGUCUCCUUUCCUCCAUCUGCACUGAUCUGAAAGGAGUGGAGGUGAAAAAUAGCCAUAUUGUUUACACCUAUGCUGUUGUAUUGAAGCAGAGGAGACGAGGAGAGGAAUCUGUUUUAGACUAUUGAGAUUCACCUCCUCUCUGCCCCAGAUGUUUCCAUUCCCACUUUUUUGUAAUUUUAAAUUAUUAUUUUAUAAAGUAUUAGUCAUUCUUGAUCUGAUUGUGCAUUGACUGUCGCGGCUAUGCAUUGUAUUUGUUAGUUAUUUUCUGUGUGUGAAAUCAAAGCUUUGAUGUCGCAGGGUUCUGGAAGUGAGUGAAGGGUUUCCAUGAGAUUAUAUGUCUACCUGUUUGACUGUAACCAGAACCCAAACCUAUGACGGCACCAGCCCACUAUCUUCUGACACUGAAUAGAGACAGACUAUCGUCUGUCACAGGCUCUCUGAGGUUAUGUGUCUUUGGGACGGUUUCCUGGACACAGAUUAAGCCUAGUCCUGGACUGAAACAUGUCUCCAUUGAAUAUGCUUUUUAGGGAAACCAACCCCCUAUGUCUGUCAAACCAAUGGGAGCUAUAGUAGUGUGACAGAGUGUUGGUCACAUCUUUAACCAGAGGGAGGCUGUGUUUCCCAGAAAAAUCCUCAUUGCUGCUGCCUACUGCUACCCAUAGAGAUAGAUAAAGGACUCAUCUUUGUAUCUGUGCCAUUAUAAUGCCUAUGGCAGCAUGGAGUAGUCUCCAUUAGGAAGUAGUCCAUUUUCUUAUUCACGAUUGGCCGAUCCCUCCUGAUGACCCGGUUGGACAUGACUCCAACAGGGUCUCCAGGAUGGAUCAGUCAAUGAAGUUGGAAGUCCCACCCAGUUGACUACUUUCAAAUUGUGGAAGCCUUCAAUGGUGCUGCCCAUGCUAACAUGGCCUUUUGGCCACUAGAGGCCUCUAUCAUUCUCUAGUACAGUGGUCACCAACCUUUUCUGAGUCAAGAUCACUUUCUGAUUCAAAAUGCAAGCUGAGAUUUACCGCUCAUAUUUAUUUUUUAAAUGUAAGCCUAUGCAACAUUAACCAAUUAAAAACUGUUCUGUAGCAAUGAGGUUUGUGCAGUAGGUUAUGGGCCGAAGACACUAUCACUGUAUAUUGGCUACGCUUGACUUACCCUGCCAAUGUUGUUCUUCUCAGACCAUUUUGAAAUUAUAUAUUUUUUUAAAUGUGGUAUAUGAUCACACUGGUAAUUGUUGUAUUCAUUGUGAGUCACAGCUCAGGCUCAUGGCCUGCAUCUGAUGGUCAGUCUGAGGUGAGAGUGACACAGUCCAGCUGAAACUCAAGUCGCACUGCAUUAUUUCUGUCUCAUGCACCAAUUCAUGUUGUUACUCCUAUGACCAGAGAAAGUGAAAUAUUCCUUGAUAUUAAAAAAGACAAGCUGCUAAUAAUAACAAAAGCUUAUUGAAACACUUAUUGAAACACUUUGCUAUACUCAUUCAUUACAGCUGCAGUACAGCUGCAUGUGUGUUUUAACAAAUUGCUUCUCUCUGGUCAUGGUUUUGAAAUCUCACAGAUGGCUCAGAUCACUGUGCAGUCAUGGUGAUCUGAGCUAUCUGAUUGGCCAGUGGUAGGCCUAUAUGCCCUUGAUUUGCUCUCUGGGCCGGCCGGGUAGGCGGAGUAUUAUCUUCAGACACAUGAAAUGCUUGAAAAUUCUUGGCCUUCCCAGCACUAGGGCUGCUGAAUCAAGUGCACCUCCCGCCAACAGCACGAAAUAAAACCAAACAAUAGGAACACAAGGCUUUAUCGUUGGGUUUUUAACAGAAAUGUUUGGUGAUCGACUAGGAAUGCCUUGGAGAUCGAAUUGUCCAUCACGAUCGACCGGUUGGUGACCACUGCUCUACCAUACCAGUGAACCUUCAUUCCAUAAGAGUAACCAUUAUGUCCCUAACUAAGUGUAUUAAAGAAUGUCUGAUGUAUUUAUAAAAUCAAUGCAUUGCUCUUCUAUAGUACUGGGAUUAUGGCUAAUGAAUAAAACAGAUUGAUGAAUGGAAACAGUAUGUUUAUCCACUGUGUUGUAUUGAAGAGUCUCAAAGGGCCAUUAAGUUAAUGGUCUAUACCAUGAUUUUUGAUCAUCCUUCACAUCAGUUAUAUGGUAUGCUUGAGCCAAUCGUGAGGCCUGAUGCUAUGAGAAACAGGAAGUAAGAUAUAGCACUAGAAGCCUGCAUUGAAUAUAUUAGUUUUUUUGUGUUUUUUUUUACUCCUUUUUCUCAAUGCACUCUAGCCCUUGAUCUGUCAAGAAAACUGCAUCAGACACCUAAACCUAUCAUGGGGUAGUGUGCAUUGUGUGGGGACCAAAACAUCUUUCUCCUAACUGAUGAUUGAUUGGGCUAUAAUUCUGUAUCUCUGGUCAGAAAGAAUCACUCCAGUAAUAAUAAUAACCUGUUCUUCUCACUGACCUGGCCACAUGAUGCACAUUUAAUUUGUCUUGUUUUUCUGUUCUGUUGUGGUACUCAGGAACAAUGAGCAAUGGCAGAGAAGAGAAGGUGUGUGUUACUUUGUUGGACAGGCUGCCAUGCUUAGUAUGUCAUACAGAGUGUGUGUGUGGAGGAGGUGUGUGAGGUGUGUGUUGUCUGCAACACACUGACUUCAUCUUGUAUCUAAAAGACUAGCUGGCUGUAAAUCAUGCAUUUAAAAAAAAACAUUGCCAACGGCAAAUCCAUAUUAAUAAAAAUAAUUUAAAUUGUU